CGCAUAUCAAAAGCUUAGGGUAACUCGGUUUAAUACGCCCCAGCCGGACAAUACGCCCCCUUUCGAUUUCCUGCAAACCACACUGAAUUCGAGGUAUAAAAUGAUUGGGAACCCUAGCUUAUUAUGUGACCACCCUACUAUGUAAGUUUGACAGCUGUAGCGUACAGCAAAACAAAAACAAAACAAAAAGUGUAAAAAACCUUGUCGGGAUGUAAUUUUUGGAGCAUUCGAUUUAAGCUUUUACAGAGUAAUAAGUCAACGUGAAACAUAGAACAGUGUUCGAUCACCAACUAAAGUACGUUUUUCACCUGUGCAAACUUCUGGUACUGCGAAAAAAUAAAGAUGCCGCGAAAAGUUACCGGAAAAUGCAGCGGAAGAUGCCGGAAACCCGAGAGGCGCUUGUGGACAGCUGACAAACUAUCACAGGCCAUUAAGUCGGUAAAGCACGGCAUGUCGCGGAACCAGGCAGCGAGAAUUUAUGGCAUUCCAAAACGUACCCUUCGUCGGUAUUUGGAAAGACAAUUGGAAGCAAUUGGAAAUCCGGAACAGGUAAAGUUAAACCCUCUGGGAAGCUUCAAACCCGUUUUCAUGCAGGAGCAGGAGCAGCAGCUUGUGGACUACGCCAUCGAUAUGGGCGAAUGUUUCUACGGACUGAACGCCAGAGAAAUGCGCAGCCUGGCAUUCCAGAUGGCGCAAAAAAAUGGAAUCCCGCACCCGUUUGACACGAAGCUCCAGGUAGCUGGUCCAGAUUGGCUGAAAGGCUUUCUUCAGCGACAACCGAGCCUCACAUUGCGAGCGCCGGAAAACACCUCGCUAGCGCGGGCAAGAGGUUUCAAUCGGGAAAGUGUCGGGAAGUUUUUCGAUCUUUUGGAACGGAUCACCGACGAGCACGAUUAUCCACCGAGCAGAAUCUGGAAUCUCGACGAAACUGGUGUCAGUACGGUUCAGUCGCGGAACUCGAAGGUGUUGGCGAGGAAGGGACAACAUCAAGUUGGAAAAAUGGCUUCGGCAGAACGCGGUGUCAAUACGACAGUAACGUUUGCCAUGUCAGCGGCAGGACAGUUCAUGCCACCAUUUUUCACUUUCCAGCGGCUGCGAAUGAACGAUGGACUGAAGACUGGUGCACCCCCAGAAUCGGCGUUCACAUGUAACGCUACUGGGUGGAGCACUUUCGAAACAUUUGGGCAAACAUUCGACCACUUUUUAAAGUUUGCUCGUCCGACAGUUGAGGACCCAGUACUUCUUAUUUUGGAUGGUCACGCGAGCCACACGAAGAAUUUAGAAGUGCUGGAGAAAGCCAAGCUAAACCAUGUCCGAAUAAUAUCCAUUCCACCGCACACAUCACACAAAACGCAACCUCUCGACGUGUCAUUCAUGGGUCCGCUAAAAACCUAUUAUGGGAAAGCGUUGAACAGCCGCAUGAAACGGAUGAAUGGAAACCCGAUCACGGCUUAUCACGUUGCAGGUUUGGUAAACGAAGCCUUUACUGCAGCAGCUACACUAAGUGUAGCUCAGAAUGGUUUCCGUAAAACCGGGAUCUCCCCAUACAACCGUCAUGUUUUCCAAGAAGGUGACUACGCUCCGGCGGAUUUCUUGGCUCAAUCAGUGAACCAAAAUACCUCGGAAUGCUCAGUUAACAACAAAUUAACUUGUGAAACAGUUGAAGAUUCAUCAGGUGGUCCACAACAGUCAACAGGUAAGUUUAUGAUAUCAUACAGUAUCGGACAUAUAAAAUGCACCAAAGCCGUUUUCCUGUAUGAAAUGGUCAACUGCAGAUAGCAAUAUCUUUGUCGUUUCACAACCGAUUCUUUUCAUUUUUAUAUGUCGGGUUUUUACAAAUAAAAAUGCACCAAGACAAAAAGUAUUCUAUCUAGAAGAAACUAUGCGUUGAAUGAAUUUGGUGCCUUUAGCACAAAAGUUCAUUAAGUGAUAAUGAACAAAUGGGCUGAAGACAUGUUGAUAAUUCGACGCAAGGUUUUUCUGCUGGAUCAUUUUUUGUCUUGAUGUACUUUGUUUUGUCAAAACUCAAGCUAUCUGUGACAUUUGAAUCAAAAGUUUUAUCACAUCUUUUAUGACAGUGAUCGAAAAUUGACCAUUUUGUAUGCAAAUACGACUUUGGUGCAUUUUAUAUGUCCGAUACUGUACUUGGGUUCAGCUAUUCAUCAAUUCCUAAACCCUUCUGUUCGUUUAUUCAUAACUUACCACAACAGAAUGUAUCUUUGCUUGUGAUUCAGGUAGCCCAGAAGAUUUUAUCACUGUCCCUGAUGUAAUUACAAUGGAGGCCAACUCAACUUUUUACUUCUUUGAUGAGAACGGAACCCUUACAUCACUUAUUGUACAGGAAAACGAUCAGGAUUACAGUUUCCUUGCAAAUCUUGAGGAUACUCUGGACGAAAACCAAUGUUCUGACAAUCUGGUUCAAACAUCGAUGACGGCCAAUGAAAGCCUAGUUAAGGAUGAACUACAAUCUACCAUCAACCCACCGACUGCUGCGCCAAAGAAAACCUACCAGGAAAUCUCCGAGGACUUCAACGAAAACGAAGAAAACGUUCCACCAUCUAAAACCGUUACACCGUCGGCCUCGAAGCGCUGUCGAUGGGAUCAUGGGUUCCCGAAGCUGCAAGACAAAUCAACUACUUUCAAAAUUCCUCCACGGAUGACCGAUCUUCACCCUGCCACCGGAAUACCAGAAAAGAGGAAACGCAAGACAACUAAUAGGACGCAGGAGUGUGCUGAACUGACGUCGUCUCCGCACCGGAAACAGGUGAAGCAAGCUCAGGCACUCAAGGACAUAAAAAACAUCAAGAAGAAACCCGGUCGCAAACGCAAAUCGAAGGGAGACAGUAAGCAGGAAGAUGCUCUCUGUCCGACUUGUGGCUCGUCAUUUAGUUCUUCUUUGAACGGAGCUGGAUGGAAACGAUGUAUUAAAUGCACCGAGUGGUUUCAUGCCGAGUGUCAGUGUUCAAUUGCUGAUUCUCUGACUUGCUAUAUCUGCAUCUAAAGGUCUGUUUUGUCGAGUGGUCAAUUGAGUCCCAGCUGUUGUUGAACUGAGCAAGUAGAAUAUAUGCUGUGAUAGAGGCAACUACUUGUUUUCAGUGAGGGUGAAAUAAAUCCCAUUUUCUACUCAACUCGACUUCUAAAAAUUGCCAAUAAUGUUUUGUUGUUUUUUCGCGUUUUUUUUUUUGUUUUUAUUUUGAAUUCCGUAUUGAACUGAAUUGAAAAAGAAAAAGUUGUGUUUAAAACAAUAUUGUUUGAUUGUCCGUAUGGAUAAAUUUAAAAAAAUAUCUUCGAAAAUGAAUAUAAAUUGUUAUAAAACUAUUUAUUCAAUGCGUUUCAUUCAUUUCUUCAUGCUUCCGAGCACAUUCUUCACAACUUUGUGUUGUAUGUCAGUGGAUAGUAAUACUAGGGCAUAUAACCCAUGUGUUGUGGGGCAUACUAUCCAUUUGUUAUGGGGCGUACUAUCCAUUUGUUGUGGGGCAUAUUAUACUGCAGUAGGGGCAUAUUGUCCUACCUCUUUUCGUAUUUCAAGAUUUGAAGCAUGGUAAAAAAGAUAAUAUUUCUCAAUAAUUUCGUAGUUUUUGAGAACCAAUUGUCCACUUCUAACUUUCGUGUUGAUUUAUUGAUCAAUUCAAAAGGAAAUCGCAUUGUAUCUAAUGUUUAACAAAAAGAUAUUUCCAUUUUUUCUUAAGGGGGGGCGUAUUACACCCAGUUACCCUACAUAAAUAACUUGCAAAGAAUCUCAUCACAAAUUAACAAGUUUCAACCGGCAUUCAACCAAUCCAAAUUUGUGGCAAUGUAUUUUGAGAAAAAACAAAAAGUUAGCGGCUGAGAUUGAAAAUGUUGCAACUAAAACUGAGAGAAAUUUGAUUAAGUCCCGAAAGUAAGCAAUGCGGCCAAAAAUGCACUGUGAAAAUUAUAUUUCAGAAAUGCACUGAAAUGUAUAAACUAAUAUACUUUGUAAUGCUUAAAAACUAAAAAUAUUGAGAAUGCAAUAAAAACCACGCUAACUAGCAUUUUCGAUUUUCUCCGUGUACAUCAUAUUUAAA